UCUGCCUUUUGCAAAUGGGCGGAGAAACUGCCGCUUGUUAUUAAUGUAAGAAUAAUUCCUCUUAAGAAAAUGGCGUCGAGUCAGGGAGGUGUGGGAGCUGUAACUGCUCUUCCUAACCAUCACUUAUCCAACGGACCUCACUGGAACCCGGGGAUCAACCAGCAUCAGCUCCACACGGCCCGGAGUUUAGACCGCGCUCUGGAGGAUGCGGUGUGCUCAGGGACGUUGAAUCUUAGCGGGAGGAAGCUGAGAGACUACCCCGGACUGAGCUAUGAUCUUACUGAUACAACGCAGGCAGAUCUGUCGAAGAACAGGCUCACAGAGAUUCCCCCAGAGGUGUGUCUGUUUGCCCCCCUUGAGUCCCUCAACCUAUACCACAACUGCAUCAAAUGCAUCCCAGAAACCAUCAUCAACCUGCAGAUGCUGACCUAUCUCAACAUCAGCCGGAACCUUCUCUCAACAUUGCCAAAAUACCUGUUCAACCUCCCUCUCAAAGUGCUGGUGGUGAGCAACAACAAGCUAGUGUCCAUCCCAGAGGAAAUUGGGAAGGCCAAAGAGCUGAUGGAACUGGACAUCAGCUGUAAUGAGAUCCAGGUGCUGCCCCCUCAGGUGGGGAGGCUCCAGGCCUUACGGGAACUCAACAUCAGGAGGAACUGUCUUCACAUGCUGCCUGAGGAGCUGGCGGACCUGCCACUCACCAGACUAGACUUCUCCUGCAAUAAGAUCACCGAGAUCCCUCCUGUCUACAGGAAACUCAGGCAGCUGCAGCACAUCAUCCUCGACAACAACCCUAUGCAGUCCCCACCUGCACAGAUCUGCCUGAAGGGCAAGGUGCACAUCUUUAAGUACCUGAACAUCCAAACAUGUAGGAUGGAUAAGAAGCCUGACUCUCUGGACCUCCCCUCCCUGGGAAAACGCUGCCUUCCCCAGCCUCUGACAGACAGCAUGGAGGAUUUUUACCCCAGUAAGAACCACGGGCCUGACUCUGGUAUCGGCAGUGACAAUGGGGAUAAAAGACUGUCUACGACAGAGCCUUCUGAUGAUGACACCAUCAGCCUGCACUCUCAGGUCUCAGAGACGGCCCGCGCCGACGCCCUCUCUCUCCUCUCCAAGAUGGACUCAUGCAAAGAUCAGGACCCCUAUGACUUCAUCGAGCCCAACCCAGAGGAGGAUGCUGCCCUGUCAGAGGGGGAUAGGCAGCAGAGUGGUGGACCCUACAUCUCAUGUAUAAAGGAAUUGGAGAAGGUUCUUAACAAGUCACACCAAAGCAAAGAUAAGGAGAACUGGAAAGAGGAGUCUGGCUCUGAUAAAGAUCAGCUAGCAGAGGAAGAGGAGGAGGAGGAGGAGGAGGAGCUGAAGGAGGUGCUGGACCUGAGGAAGAUUGCCGUUCAGCUCCUGCAGCAGGAGCAACAGAACAGACGACGAUCCUUAAUUUGUAGAGCAGAGAGUCUAAUUCAUCGAAGGAGGGUUGCCGGCCGUGCACACAGGUUCCUCAGUCACUCUGGCAGCUCCAGCAGCAAACAGAGGUCCCCCUCUCAGGCCAUCCGCAGUGCCUCUCUAGAUGAAGGGAGUAGUGGCGCGUCAGUGCUGAGUGGGCAGGACCCCGACUUCACAGACGACGACAUCACUUUCUCUGAGCCCUCCUCUUCGUGCUCCUUCGAUGGCAGCCUGAAGUCCGAGUCAGACACGGAGCCAAAGUGGCCAGAGGUUCCACCUGUACUCAACCAGAACGAGGAGCGCAGGAGAAACAAGUAUCUGAGGAAAGAUUAUCUAAAGUACAAGUGCCAGGGUGCCCGAAGAAACUCCAGUGGGAAUGACGAGUGUGAGGAGGUAUUGCGAAACGUUGAUUUCAGCACCACCCUCACAGUGUUUGGCCUUAAGCCAAGAUCAGCUUUUUGUCGAAGCAGCCGUCAGGAGCCGUCAGACCCCAGUUUCACCAUGAGGAGGAAGAUGGAACACCUGAGAGAGGAGAUGGAGCAGAUUGGCCUCCUACGACAGAACCUGGAGUCCAGACUGAAGGUCUUGCUGCCGGACGAUGUCGGAGCUGCUCUGAUGGAUGGCGUUGUCCUGUGCCAUCUGGCCAAUCACAUUCGUCCUCGGUCUGUGGCCAGCAUCCAUGUACCCUCCCCAGCAGUGCCAAAGCUUAGCAUGGCCAAAUGCCGCAGGAAUGUGGAAAACUUCCUAGAUGCCUGUAAGAAGCUGGGUGUGCCACAGGACAAGCUGUGUUUGCCCCACCACAUCCUAGAGGAGCGUGGGCUGGUGAAGGUGGGCAUGACCGUCCAGGCUCUACUGGAUCUGCCAGCCUCCAAGCCCACCCAGCUGUCUGCUGUCUAACAGGAGCCUGGACACUGCCUCCAACCCCCUGUCCAGUCAAGCCAUUCACACCCCAGCCCUACACCCCACAGAGGAGGGGGCUUCCAGUCCGCUCUGCUCAUCACCAGGGACCCCUUAGGGGCGAGGGCCCGGGGGUUGCAGGGAGCCCAUUGUCAGCUGAUUGAGCCAGGAGAGGGAGGGGUUAAUUCAGAUCCUCCCACCCUUCCUAUAUCAUGUCAGCUGGGACCCGCCUCUCAUC